AUGGCGAAGAGGAAGAGUCUUUCUACGGCAACACAAGGCCCUGCCACCACCACAGUACCAAUCCUCCCUCCUCCGUUCGACGACGACCCAAUUCCACCUCCGAAGCGAAGAGCAAGUCAGCGCAAAGUGUCACGGCCAAAAGCCAAUACUGGGUCUACGAAUCCAGACAAGAAUGCAAAUGUUCUUGACGCCCCGGAGGCGCUGCGCGCUUCACCUGACGGAGAUGAGACGAUGAAUCUCGAGGAAGCAGGCAUGGAUGUUGAGAAGCAGGUCAAAGAGGAGGAUAGCGAUUCGCCAUUGUCUGAGAUGCAGGAGGUUGAAGAGCCGGUGGAGAAGAGGAACAAUGGAAGGGAGAAUCGCAAGUCAGCUGCGGUUGCAAAGAAAGGGAUCAAAGAGGAGUCGAGGAAGCCUGCGUUGGCCGCGAAGAAAAAGAACGAGCCUGCAAAGGAACCACAAUUUCUGGAUCCUGAGGCCGAGGGUGACGAGGAAGCGGACGAGGAGGAGAUUCAGGCUGCGUUAUCGAGACCGCCUCCUGUCAAUAGCGACUACCUUCCUUUACCAUGGAAGGGGAGAAUAGGAUACGCUUGUUUAUGUACAUAUCUGCGCUUCUCGAAUCCUCCUGUAUUCAGCUCUCGAACCUGUCGUAUUGCAUCUAUACUAGAGAACCGCCAUCCGCUUCGAGACCCGAAUGAGCCACCCCAUGCAACGAAGAACAGGCCAGAUCGAGAAAAGCCGGCUAAUAUUAAGAGGGGACAAGCAUUUGUGGAGAGCCUUGGGAUAGCAAACGCAAAAGACAUUGUGAAGAUGCUACGAUGGAACGACAAGUAUGGUAUUAAGUUUUUAAGGCUGAGCAGCGAGAUGUUCCCCUUCGCAAGCCACCCGGAAUAUGGGUACAAAUUGGCACCCUUCGUCUCGAAAGAACUGGCAGAGGCUGGAAAAGUUGCAGCAAAGCUUGGUCACAGAUUGACCACUCAUCCUGGCCAAUACACCCAGCUCGGAUCUCCCCGCAAGCCAGUCAUUGACAAUGCCAUCCGAGAUCUCGACUAUCAUGCUGAGCUCCUGAGCCUUCUCAAAUUUCCUCCACAGCAAGACCGCGAUGCAGUAAUGAUCCUACACUUGGGCGGCGUCUUUGGCGAUAAAGCCGCCACCCUCGAACGCUUCCGCGAAAAUUACAAGAAGCUCCCUCAAGGCGUCAAAGAUCGCUUAGUUCUUGAAAAUGACGAUGUCAGCUGGUCUGUACAUGAACUGCUUCCACUUUGCGAAGAGCUCAAUAUACCCAUGGUUCUCGAUUUCCAUCACCACAACAUCAUCUUCGAUCCUGAUCAAAUACGCGAAGGCACAAAAGGUAUCGUUGAACUCUUUCCUCGCAUACUGGCCACCUGGAAGAGAAAGAACAUUACGCCCAAGAUGCACUAUUCUGAGCCCGAACCUUCGGCUAUUACAGGACGGCAGCGCAGAAAGCACAACCCACGUGUCGCAACACUUCCACCGUGUCCACCAGAUAUGGACCUCAUGAUCGAAGCCAAAGACAAGGAGCAAGCUGUUUUCGAGCUCAUGAGGACAUUCAAGUUACCUGGUUAUGACAGCUUCAACGACAUUCUUCCCCACGUCCGCAAAGAUGACAAUAAGCCGAUCCGAUUACCUAAGAAAAAAACACCGAAGAAGAAGAAGGCGCCCAAGAAUGAGGAUGACGACCUUGAAGCAGCAGAAGAAGCAAUGGACGCAGAAGCGGAUCCGGUCCAGGAGACUAUCACAGACGAUGAAGUGGGUAUGGGCGGACCCGAGGGUCGCGUUUACUGGCCGCCGGGUAUGGAACAUUGGCUCCGACCCGUGAAAAAGGUCAUUAAACCCAAGGAGCCCAAAGAGCCUAAAGAUGACACGAAGAUGACACCUGCUCAAAAGAAGAAAGCUGCCGCAGACGUAAUUAAGGAAGAAGCGAAAGAUGAAAGCAACGGCGUCAAAGAAGGAGAUGAGGCAGUGCCGGCUACGCCUACACCGGCCAUCAAGAAAGCAAGGGCCGCUCCGAGAGUCGCGCCAAAAGCAGGUGCGAAAAAGGCAGUCAAUGGGGAAAAGAAGAGUGCGAAGAGUGUGCCGACGCCUUCCACAUCUGAUGAGGAUGCUGAUGAGGCGAUGUCGGAGUUCGACGAUGAGAAAGAAGAGAUGGAGCUUCUGAGAAAAGGGAAGGUGAAUGGCACGAAAGCCCCGAAGAGACAGAGUGCUAGGGCGAAAAAGAUCAGCUACGCUGAGACUGACGGAGAGGAGUUGCAGUGA